AACAUGGCGGCGCACAUUGCCAGAGCUGUGAAGCGACUAACCCCUCAGGAGAGCGGUUGGCUCCUGCCCGCAGCCUGGCAGUUGUAUACGGAAGCAUGGCGUUAUCACCAUCACUCUGCAGGCCCCUCACUGCGCUACAUACCCCGCAGGGCGGUUCUCUACUGCCCUGGAAAUGAUGAGCGAAAAUUGAGGAAACUCGCCUCUCUGGAUGUCGACUGUGCCGUCUUGGACUGUGAGGAUGGCGUAGCCCUCAGCAAAAAGACGGAGGCCAGGGAGACCAUUCCCAGGAUGUUGGCUGAACUCGACCUGGGGCGGACGGAGAAGUGUGUGAGGGUGAACUCUGUGUCCAGCGGCUUAGCUGAGGCUGACCUGCAGGUCAUCCUGCAGGCUGACGUUCUGCCUCCUGCCGUCAUGUUGCCCAAAGUGGAGGACACGCAGGAGGUGCAGUGGUUUGUUGACAGGUUUCAGCACCACUUGAAAGGACGGGCACUGACAGAACCCAUUCGCCUGGUCACCUUUGUGGAAACCGCUGUGGGUCUGCUCAAUUUUAAGGCCGUGUGUGAGGAAGUCCGUCGACUUGCUCCCAAAGCGGGUCUCCACCAUGACGGCGUGGUAUUCGGCUCUGAUGACUUCUGUGCCAGCAUAGGUGCCACUCGUACUAAAGAUGCCAGGGAACUCCUCUACGCAAGGCAGAAGGUGGUAGUGACCACCAAAGCAUUUGGGCUGCAGGCCAUCGACCUGGUCUACAUCGACUACAAGGACGUGGAGGGGCUGAGGCGGCAGGCCAGAGAGGGCGCUCUCAUGGGAUUCACAGGUAAGCAGGUUAUCCACCCAGGGCAGAUCCAGGCUGUGCAGGAAGAGUUCUCCCCCAGUCCAGAGAGGGUUCAGUGGGCCAAAGAGCUCAUUGCUGCGUUUGACCAGCACCAGAAGGAGGGAAAGGGUGCGUUUACCUUCCGCGGCAGCAUGAUCGACAUGCCCUCAGUGAAGCAGGCACAGAACAUCAUAUCGCUUGCCGUCGUGGUGUCGGAGAAAUAACACAGGUGAUGGGAACAAACUGGAGAAACUGCACAACUCCACCCUGACAGGAGGAAAGGACAAUGGAACUGUUGCAAGUUUCAUAGCACUUCAGAAACUUAUGGACUAUGUUGCCUGGCAUCAGUAAAUGCUGUUAACUGUGGUUUUAAUUUAAGUUUUUUUUUAAAAGUUUGAUUAAAUGAUUGUGAUUGUGGUGGUUCUGUUUUGUUUAGGAUGUUUUAAACAAUCUAAAAUCUGCAUAUAGCGAGCAGCAGCAGCACAUUUCUGCCUCUUAAACCGGAGUCUUGCCGAUCACUGCCCUGUGUGGGCACUUUCUUGGCACACUCUCCAGUGUGUGCGCCAUCAUGCCAUUCUCCAGCGUGUGUGCCCCUGCCUCCCAUCUCUCCUAGGUCAUGAUGAAUGCUCUCCCAUCUCCACGGUCCAUGCAGCUGGGCGAAAGGGUAAACAAACACAACAAGCCACUGUUGUGGAUCUAUUCAUUAGGCCCCCAGUCUUCCAGUCAGGCCUCAGCCCCCUGCCCAGGGCCUGACUCACAAACAUCAAAGUCUUGCAGGCUUGGAAAAAAAACCUCACAGAUGGAAGUGCGUAAACUCACGAUUUAGCUUUUUUGUGUCAGUCUCCUUAGUAAAGACAUGCAGCUCGCCCUGUGGCAGCUGCGGGCCUGUGGUCUUGAUGGAGAAGGCGUGUGGCGUCAGACACACCAUGACCUGUGCGGAAAAUAAACACUGCAUACAUGCACACGCUGCGGCAGUAUUCCUAACAUGAUCUCUCAUUUAACACAAAGAGUUAAACUGUGAUUUUUUAGCUGUUUUUGUCCACCUGUUUUUUAUCAGCAUGCUGAAAAGCUACUUGUGAAAUGAACUUCGGAACAAGUUCAGUAAAGUCGUUUGUUGUGCCGUCACAAAUAAAAGUACAAUGGGGCUCUGUGGAGCGCUUGUGCAUGUCUGACUUCCAGAAACAGUGAAGUGGGUGUGAUGUUAGAGUGAGACAGAUUAGUGGCCAUGUUGCUCCAGCAGACCAGGACCGAGGCUUUGUCUCUCUGACUGUGGAUGGGAGGAUAAUUGGGGGGGUGUUGAAUGGUUAAUAGUGCCAUUGGUGACCAUGGUAAUGAAAAGCACCAUACCUCCCCUACCCCACCUCAUCCACUCAUCUCUCUCUCUCUCUUUCUCUCUCUCUCUCCCUCUAUCUCUCCCUCUCUCUCUCCAGUACUGUAUGAUCUAUUGUGUCUGGGGCAGGACUGUGGUCUGUGCCAGGCCAGGCCAGACAAAAAGAUCGAAACCACUCCUGCGCCCAGCCAAAGACCCGAACAGUAAGCUGUCUCUUUGGCAUUUGGCCACAUAUUUCUCCCACCCCUGGCUCACUUUUUCUGUCGGGAAUUCACAUUCAGCUUGUUUGUUUGUUUUCACACAAUCUACCAUUAUACCCAGACGUUGGUGGACAAAACUGCUAUUAGUUUGAUCAAAUAAAUCCACAAACAUUAUUAGGGUGGAGCCAUUUUGCGAGGUGAGCCAUAUCUCGAACUUUAUCGGCUGAAAUUGUAUGAAAUUUAGAGGAGAUUUGGCAGUUACAGAAUUUGUAGAGUGUGAGUAUCCUGUAUAGUUGCUGAAAUCAUUAUUUUAAGGUUGUCAUUAAAAGGGGUUAUGCACAUUUUAUCCAACUUUAUAACACUUUACUGUGACUUUUUAAACACUCAUUAUUUAUAAUUUGUUGCAGCCAAGAUUUGUUGCAAUCUGAUCUGAAAUGUAUGCAGAAAAAUUUGCUGAAUUCUAUUGUAUGAACAAGUUAUAAUGCAGUCAAAUUUGCUGUUUAAUUGUUGAAACAAUUAAAUAUGAAUAAAAUGCUGAA